AUGGGGAUCUUGGGUGAGAUUGUGAAGAAACCAGAUGAAAUAUACCCGCUACUGAAGUUGAAAAUGGCAGUUAAGAAAGCCAAGAAGCAGAUCCCACCUGAGCCACACUGGGGAUUUUGCUACUCAACGCUCCACAAGGUUUCUAAAAGCUUUUCUCUCGUUAUUCAGCAACUAGGUACCGAGCUUCGCAACGCUGUGUGCGUGUUCUACUUGAUUCUCCGAGCUCUUGAUACCAUCGAGGAUGACACAAGCAUACCAACUGACGUCAAGCUUCCAGUUCUAAUAGCUUUCCAUCGUCACAUAUUCGAACGUGACUGGCACUUUUCAUGUGGUACGAAUGAGUACAAGGUUUUAAUGGACCAAUUUCACCAUGUUUCUGCCGCUUUUCAGGAACUUCGAAAAGGGUACCAAGAGGCUGUCGAGGAUAUUACUAAAAGAAUGGGUGCAGGAAUGGCCAAGUUCAUUUGCCAGGAGGUAGAAACUGUUGAUGACUAUGAUGAAUACUGCCACUAUGCUGCCGGACUUGUGGGUUUAGGCCUGUCAAAACUCUUCCUCACUUCGAAAUUAGAAGUAUUGACUCCAAACUGGGAGCAGCUCUCCAAUUCAAUGGGUUUAUUUCUACAGAAAACAAACAUUAUUAGAGACUAUCUUGAGGAUAUUAAUGAGAUACCAAAGCCACGCAUGUAUUGGCCUUGUGAGAUUUGGGGCAAAUAUGUUGACAAGCUCGAGGACUUAAAAUAUAAGGAGAACUCAAUCAAGUCAGUGCAGUGCUUGAAUGAUAUGGUUACCAAUGCGUUGGUGCAUAUUGAAGAUUGCAUGCAGUACAUGGAUGCAUUGCGUGAUCCUGCCAUAUUUCGAUUAUGUGCCCUCCCUCAGAUCAUGGCGAUUGGAACACUUGCAUUAUGCUAUAACAAUGCACAACUAUUUAGAGGUGUCGUGAAAAUGAGGCCAGGUCUAACUGCUAAAGUUGUGGAUCGCACAAAGACAAUGGCUGAUGUCUACCGUGCGUUCUAUGAUUUUUCUUGCAUGUUGAAAACAAAGGUUGACAUUAACGAUCCAAAUUCCGUGGAUACACUAACCCGACUUGAAGCUGUUCAGAAAAUGUGCAAAGACAGUGGUGUCCUUCAUAAGAGGUACCUACAGUCUUCUUUUUGUUAG